AAGACGAGCUCGAUUGAGACCGCUCGAUAUGAGGAGGAAGAUGCGACUGUUCGCUGAACUGCGCUUGGUGUUCGUUGUCCAUGUUGGCAACUUUGGUCGAGUUGACUACUGUAGUUGAGUGUUGAAAUGUUGAGUGUCGGUGAGAGUAUUGUGCGAAAUUGCUGGCGGCUAGGGACAGUGUGAUUUGAUUCGAUUGCCAAGGUACAGGAAAAGGUGACUGCUGAAGAGCGAAAAGGGCGGCUCAAAAGGCAAAUAUGGUUUGGAAUGGAUGCAACUUCGUCACCAGGCUCGAUUUGAGAAACGGGGUCUUGCCACCUUGUAAAGCAGGGUCAAGGCUCUCUGGAGCUGGCUCACGGUGGCGGAGGAGUCGAGGAUGGCGACGGAAAGAGUCAGGUGGUUGCAAAGGUGGUAUUAGUAGCGGUGAUGGCGGCGGGUGGUGGUGUAUAUGGGGGCGUGGGUUAUUAUGGAAUGUAGGGGUAUUGGUGGUUGUAUUCCGGAAGCAAGUAGGGUCCUACCGGUCUCGUAGACAGGGACAGAGCCGGCGGCAGGAGGAGGGAAAAAGAGCAGAUGAAAAGGAACAAGCCAAGUCGAGCAAAGGGGAAGAGGGAAAAAAAAGGCGCGGUGGGCCGCAACGGGUAGUGUAUGACUAUGAAUGGGGGGAGACGAGGUCUCGUGGGUGUGGGUGGGUUUUUUGGGUAGCCUCUUCCUUUUUUUUUUUUUCUUGUGCUCAAUUUUCCCUCUUCCUUGUCACUUUGUCCUUUGGGGGGGGCGUAUGGAUUCUUAGAAGAAGUUCGUCUCGUGCCGAUUACUUCUCUUUUGCUGCUCCUUGAAGGUGGGGGUCGAAUGGCAAUCGGAAUUUGAGGAGCGGGAGAAAAGAGAAUAGAGACCCAGAGAAUAGGUGACUGAGAGUGGGAAUGUCGUGGGAGUAAUACGGGAUUGCGACGGUAGGGAAGACCGAGCGAGGGGACGGAGCAAUGAGCACCGGU